AACCCGUUGUUGCUGACCCCGCCAUCUUGGCGUCUGUGGCCGUUUUUCUUUUCAGCUUUGGCACCUGGAUUGCACCUGGUCUCUGUCGCCUUGUGACUCGCUGGUGUCUGGACACCGAGCGCGAGGGAGCCGCUCACCCGGAGUCCCGAAAUGGGGCUGGUGUCAUUUGAGGACGUGGCUGUGGACUUCUCGUGGCAGGAGUGGCAGGAGCUGGAUGCUGCUCAGAGGACCCUCUACAGGGAUGUGAUGCUGGAGAACUACAGCAGCCUGGUGUCCUUGGGGCACUGCAUGACUAAACCUGAGUUGAUCUUCAGGUUGGAGCAUGGAUUUGGGCCAUGGAGCAUAGGAGAGACCUCACUCUGGAAUCUCCCAGGUGUUCUUGAAGUGCAUGCUCCUGAUAAGAGUUGCCUGGAAAAUCCAGAGAGUCCUGUGUGGCCGAUAGGAAGCAUCAGCAGGGAUCUGUCAAACAGAGAGAUGCUUGAAGCAGAAAUGAAGGUUCAGCUGGAACUCCACCGAGGUGUAAAACCCUAUGACUGUAAACCGUGUAUGAAGGCGAUUAACCUGCCAUCGCAGCACAGCAAGCAGCGUGACUAUUACUCGCGUGUGAAACCCUACGAAUGGAAGGAAUGUCAGAAGGCUUUCUGUUGUAAGUCAGUGCUCACUGAACAUCAGAGAACGCGUACAAGGUUGAAGAUCUACCAGUGUACAGAAUGCAGGAAAGCUUUCCCCUCCAAAUCAGAACUCGCUGUACAUCAUAGAAUUCACACUGGUGAGAAGCCCCACGAAUGCGAAGAGUGUGGCAAAGCUUUCUAUCGUAAGUCAACCCUUACUGUACAUCAGAAGACUCACAGAGGGGAGAAACCUUAUGAGUGCAAGGAAUGUUGGAAAGCCUUCUAUUAUAAGUCAACCCUCACCGAACAUCAGCGAAUUCACACUGGUGAGAAGCCUUAUGUGUGUAAAGACUGUGGCAAGGCUUUCUUCUACAAGUCAAACUUAACUCGCCAUCAUAGAACCCAUACAGGCGAGAAGCCCUAUGAAUGUGAAGAGUGCAGAAAAGGGUUCUCCUCCAAGUCAGAGCUCACGUCUCAUCACAGAACUCACACAGGUGAGAAGCCCUAUCAGUGUGAAGAAUGUGGCAAAGCUUUUUACUGCAAGUCAACCCUCCGUGUACAUCAAAAAAUUCAUACAGGUGAAAAACCGUAUGAAUGUAAGGAAUGUCAGAAAGCCUUCUAUUAUAAGUCAACCCUGACUGAACAUCAAAGAACUCACACGGGUGAGAAGCCCUAUGAGUGUAAAGAAUGUAACAAGGCUUUCUUCUACAAGUCCCAGCUAACUCGCCAUCAUAGAAUUCAUACAGGCGAGAAGCCCUAUGAAUGUGAAGAGUGCCGGAAAGCGUUCUCCUCCAAGUCAGAGCUGACUGCUCAUCACAGAACUCACACCGGCGAGAAGCCCUAUGAAUGUAAAGAAUGUGGCAAAUGUUUCUGUCGCAAGUCACACUUAACUCUACAUCAGAGAAUCCAUACAGGUGAGAAGCCCUAUGAAUGUAAAGAUUGCAGGAAAGCCUUUUUCUGCAAGUCAGGACUUGCCCGACAUCUGGGGACUCAUGCACAUGACACUAAUACAAAGAAUAGAGAAAAGCAUUUUCCUGCAACUCACAGCUCAGCCACCAUCAGAAAUGUCACCCAAGUGAAAACUCCUGUGAGUAUAAAGAAUGAAGACAAACUCACUACUGUAGCUCAGUCCUCGCUCCAUCCCAUGGACUUCUUACAGUUGAGAAGUUCUAUAGAUGUACAUAAUGCAGGAAAACUUACCUUCCUAACUCAUGCCUCAUUCGGUUUGAAUGAACUCAGAUGAGACACGCUAAUAAUUUAGAGAAGGCAAGAAAGCUUGCAACCAGCAAGGAUCACUUGACAUCAGAGAAUCAUGUAGAAUGAUGACAACAAAGAGCAUGAAAAC